AUGUCAACCACAAGGCGUAGAGCAACAAUAAAACACCACGCAUUACUAUGACUUAAAUACUAUCACCAUCAAUUUGAACAAUUUCUCACUUUGGACAAUCAUGUCACUCAAAACCAUCAAGACACGAACCCUAGAAGUCGGGUACUACGACCACGGCCCCUCAUCAGGCUGGCCUGUCCUUUUAUAUCACGGCUUCCCAUACGAUAUCCACGCAUAUGAUGAAGUUGUUCCUAAACUCAUCUCCAGCGGUGCAAGAGUCGUUGUUCCCUAUGUCCGUGGUUAUGGCCCAACACGCUUCCUAUCAGAUUCAACCAUGAGGAGUGGUCAGCAAGCAGCUCUUGGCUCAGAUGUUAUUGAGCUCAUGGAUGCUUUAAACAUCGAUAAGGCAGUCCUUGGUGGCUUCGACUGGGGCGGAAUGUCUGUAUGUGUUGCAUCUGCUCUCUGGCCUGAACGUGUCGUUGGACUUGUUUCGUAUGCAGGAUACGACAUUGCAGAUCUUUCAAGUUAUCAGAAGCCUUUUGCACCGAGUUUGGAAUGUGUUUGUUGGUAUCAGCAUUUGUUCCAGCAAGAACGCGGAAUUGCUUGUCUUACAGAGAGUCGACGAGAUCUCUGUCGGAUUCUUUGGAAGCAAUGGUCACCUUCAUUCUCAUUCACAGAAGACUUUUACAAGAGAACUGCAGAAGCUUUUGAUAAUCCUGAUUUUGUCAAUGUUGUCAUUCACGCUUACAGAUUCUGCUUUGGUAACGCAAAAGGCGAUCCAGCUUUGCAGAAGUUGGAGGAUUCUUUAGCUGCUCAGCCUAAGAUAAGUGUUCCGACAAUCACUUUGGAUGGACGGCAGGAUCCUUUGAAGCCAGGGGGUACUGCUGCACAUGUUGAGCACUUUUCUGGUCGUUAUGAGAGGAGAGAGGCUGAUGUUGGACAUGCGUUUCCAAUGGAAGCUCCGGAUGAAUUUGCAGAUGCCGUCUUGACGAUUCAUAAGUGGGAGAGUGGCUAGGACGUGAUCGGAUCAAGCAAUUGAUAUAAACAACGAAGGUUCUGUGACUUUCACUUAAUCCAGUCGAACAAGGUCGCAACAUUUCCAAAGGAAUUUGUCAUAGGUUUUCACAAUAUCGAAUGUGGC